AUGGCGUUUGGCCUGUGGAAUUUGUCGCAGAGUCGCGCCAUUGAGUGGGGGGCGGUGGAGUGGCGCAGCUUCCUCCUUUGCUGCAUGUUUUCUCCCCGUGCUCUAGAGGCCAAGGGGCUUCUCGACAAGUUUUUUGACCAUGCCAAGAUGGACGACUUUCUGCGGGCCACGUAUGUGCGUCUGCUACGCCACCAUGCGCCCGAGUUGGUGCUCCCGACGCUCUUGGAGUGGCGCGGCAAGGGCUACCGCCUCUCCCCAAUUGUGCUGCAGGAGUCUCUUAUGUGCACUGCGAUGAUCGCUGACACGACAGAGCGCCAACGGGCUGUCAGACACGUCUGGAAGGCGCUGUUGGAAAAGGACAGCUACGUCAUGCCGUUUACGAAGCGCCUACUCCAGCGACGGCUGGAAGAGUUGCGGGCGCAGCCGACGGGCGGCAUCACAUGCGAGGAGGCGGCAUUUUUUGCGGAGAUGAUUGGGAUGCAGCCCCGGCAUCUCUCACUGCUGGAUAUGAAGGACAGCACCUCCGAUUUUGUGGUGGGGACCUCCAAUAAAAAUGCCUACACCCCGCAUGUGAGCGGCGCCGCAGUUAGCGGUAAAUCGAUGCGGCGGCGACGGCGUGCAUGA